AUGUGUAGAGGCGUGAAUGAAGAAGAGAACAGAAGCGUCCACGGAGGUUGUCGGAGUCUCUGCACGAGACCAAGUGUUCCGGUUAGGUGUGAGCUCUGUGGUGGUGACGCCUCCGUGUUUUGUGAGGCGGACACGGCUUUCCUCUGUAGGAAAUGCGACCGGUGGGUUCAUGGAGCUAAUUUUUUAGCUUGGAGACAUGUGAGGCGUGUGCUAUGCACCGCAUGUCAGAAGCUCACACGCAAGUGCCUCGUCGGAGACAACUACCACGUUGUAUUACCGUCGGCGACGGCAGGAGAAGCCGCCGUGGAGGAUAUAACGAUACGGAGUGAACAAGAUAGUAAUGAUGAUGAGGUUCCGUAUGUGUUUCUCUGAUGUAGUUUUGUUUUUUGGUGUAAGAUAUUAAUUAAUUCCUAGGGUUUUAUGCAUUUUUCUAUUAAGAAAAAAAACUGGGAAUUUCAUU